UUCCAACUUAAGCAGUACGGCCGCCCACAAAAGAAACAUGAUGAUGAAUAUUCGAAGCUGCGGCCACUUUGUCUGUAUCGAUGAGGUCGAAAAGUUGCCGCCGCCGCAUUUGUGUCAUCGGGAGCCAGGCUCUGACGACGAUGACGUCACCAUGUACGACGAACUGGAUUCCCCCAAACAAUCGUCCACCAUUUCUUCCGCCGGGGACGACGACGACGACACUUCCGAGAUCAGCAGCAGCGUGAACGACAACUGUCCCGGCGGCGGGUGGAGCUUUCUCGUGGAGGAGCUGCAGUCGAACAAUAAGGACGACGCGGCGGGGGAAGUGGCGCACGUUCAACCUCCGCCGCCGCGCCGUAUGAAGCGCUCCUUGUCCACUCUCAGUUCCAAAAGCCUGGAGAUGUGUACCGAGGGCUUGGGCUGUGAAACUGGCUUCGAUAUUACCCAAAGCAUCGACGACCUGCUGGGCAAUCCGCCGCCGGCGCGGGAGGGUGUUUUCGCACCACCACCGACUAAGCCGGCCGGGAGGCCGCCGGUGAUGAUUGCGAGCAAGAAGUUCAACAGAACCAAGAGCUUCCCGCCUCCUCUAAGUUCUGCCAAAGAUCAGCAGGCCAGGCGCGAGGACGGGGUGAAGAUGUUGCUGCGUCGUCGGGAAGGCGGCAGGUUGGUGGUAACCGCCGUGUGCCUAACCCGACCCGACUCUUUCUUCCAAGAAAACAGGUCGGACGGGAGGCUUAGGUUGUCCUUCAAAGUGGGAGCGGCAGACAAAGGGGCGGAUUUGGAGGACGUUUGUGAAGAUUUAAUUGAGAAUUAAUUAAUUAUUAAGUGACGGGCGGGCGGCUGAAGAUGAUAUCAUGGUAAUGAUGGAAGGAAGGUUGCACAAAAUUAAAGGUUUUUGUUGGUUCAAUUCAACUAUAAAAUUAAAAGAAAAAUUUUCAAUUUGGUGCUUUCGUAUUAUCAUCAAAAAGUCUAUUAGAUUCUUGUACUUUUUUAAAAAUCAAUCAAAUACGCAAAUUUUGUAAAAACGUUCAAUCAAGUCCAUUUAUAGGUUGCUUGCCAUGUCACCAGGUCUUCGGAUGAUGUAGCGCACAUGUGGCGAUCCAUGUGCGCGCUAAGUCAUCAUCAGAAUGGUUGGAUGAAGUUCCACAUGUGCGCCGCGUCAGCAUAAGCACUGUUGAUUGGGAUGUCACAUGUGUGCCAUGUCAAGAGAUGAUCUGCUGACAUGGCAAGUAGCCUGCAAAUGGACUCAUUAGACAUUUUUACAAAAUUCGGGGAUUUAAUUGAUUUUUUUAAAAGUACGAGGACCUAUUUGACUUUUUUUGUGAUAGUACGAGGAUGAAAUUGACAAUUUUAUGAAAAUUAAAUAUCUCCUUUUUCUUGCUUGUUACUUCGUAGUAGCUUUCCGACAAUAUAUACUUCACUUUUGUUCCCAGAACGUUGUACUACAUUUAGAACACAGAGAGUAUACUUCACUUCUUUUUUUCUUGUUUUACUAUAUUUAGCCCCCAGCAGGCCCACACUUCUAAU